AUGUGUCUGUACCAACCAGGCACCGACUAUUAUGGUAGACAUUAUGGGGGCCUGGCAUAUCAGGAACAUGAUGUCUACGACCCCUUUUUUGACGAGUCCUACGACAUUCUGGCAUCCAAUGGCCCUGGUCCCUACCCUUCUCAUGCCUAUGUGAAUGCGGAGGAGUCCCAUGAGCUGUUGGCGGAUUAUUCGGCCUUUGUUUCGGAUCCGAAUUACCUGGCCCAUUUUACUAGUGACGAGUUGCGAAGCGACAGUUCCAACCCGGACGAGUAUCCUUCUCCGAUUUUGGAGCAUCCGCAAUUCGAUCCUUCUUGCGAGCCCGUUGACUCGUCGUAUUUCUCCGCUCUUCCUUACACUUAUGGUCAGUGCGCCCAGCAGAAUUUGGCCAGUGCCAUUGACUUGAUUCCGGAGCCUCUUUCCAAUGUGUCAGAGACCUCAGAUCUCGAGUCUGCUUCCUCCUCUCUCCCCACUCCUCCAAAGUCGACCCAGUCGGACAGCAGUCCCCCUCCGUUGCAGGAUCUUCAGGAUAUUCUUCCCAAGGACGUUUGUCUAGCACAGAAUCCGAAUGCGAAGCCUCUGCUGCCCUCCGAUCCCGCUUCUGUUGUUGCCCAGCUGUACGCGAGCCCCGAGAUGUGGCGGAAGGCGUGUCACACCAAGAAGGGCGUCUUCAUCUGCACAAACUGCCACCACAACGGCAAGCCGCUCAGUUUCCGCACCAUGAUCGAGCUGGCGAUGCACUUUGACUCCCACGGACUGAUGCGAAAGAGCAAAUGCGACAAGUCCAGCUGUCCAUGGUCGGUGGUGGGCUUUUCCACCCGCUCGGAAAAGAACAGACACCACAAGUCGCAGCAUUCGGACCUCAACUUCCCGUGCCAGACGUGCGGCCGUCGGUUUGGAAGAUGCGACUCGCUCAAGAGACACAUGAAGCUGGUUCACGACAUUGUCCCGGCCAAAAAGAGCUUCCGAAAAAACUCCCGCAAGACCAGCAUCACUCCCGAAUCAGAGGCUGAGGUCGCCUCUGUCGCUGCCCCCUCGUCGCCAGUGCUGGAGUCCGACCCCGCAGACUCAAAACCCAAGUCUCCCUCUCUUAGAUGGACCAACCCACAGUCCUACUAUUCAUAUGUCACCCGAGGCUGA